AUGGAGGAGAGUGCCUAUAACAAACUGAUGCAUCAGGAGGACAUGAGCGUGGACGAGCCGGCGUUCCGCUCAAACCAGGAGAAACCACAAGACAACAACCUCACAGAUGAGUCUUGGACUGUGAUGAGCAUCAGCCGUGAGGUGGCCGCACUGAACGCGGCCAACGACGCUGCCUCAAAAAGACGAGCUGAAGCCGAAAUGCAUUUGGCACGAGACAACAGACAGAAUCAAAUGAUCAAGUGGCAGCUGGAAUACCAAACUAGAAGAAGUGGAGACUACAAACAGCAGGCUGACAAAAUCCAAAUGGACAUAACGGUCUUAAAAUCCCACAUACCAAUGAUAAAGGAGGGCUGCAGACACUGUUUACCAGGAUGGACUUUAAUCAACUCGGCAUGUUUCUUCCUUAGCUUCUCUGACACAUUCUCUCGCAGGUCAUGGCAGGAAGCCAGGGAGUACUGCAAAAAGCAUGACAGUGACCUGGCUGUGGUAGACAGCUCAGAGAAGCAGCUGAGAAUAAAUCAGCUAAUAAAUCUUCAUCAAGACCCAUCAAGAUCCAUAUUCCAAAGCGGCUUCUGGAUCGGCUUGCAAGAUGUAGACAGUGAAGGAGUUUGGAGGUGGCUGGACGGAACAAGACUGAAUGAAGGCUACUGGAAUGAUAGGGAGCCCAAUAACGCGGGCGGUGAGGACUGUGUGGCCACCUACCCCAGAAACAACCCCUUUAAGGGUUGGAAUGAUGCCGCGUGCACUAACUAUCUCAAAUGGAUUUGUGAAAUGUCAGCCAGUUAG